GUGUAAUUUAUUAAAGCUUUGUUCAAAGAUUCAUCAAAAUGAAAUUCUGCACUAAGACUGUAUAUAAAGUGACCCCAUCGGAGCGUGGUGUGCCUUUUCAGUAUAUAGCAACAUUUGUCGGUUCCAUUGUGAUCGUCGUAACUGGAAUGUUGUUUGGCUGGGCAACACCUUCUUUGCCGCAACUGCUGGAUCCCAAAUCGGAAAUUAAGAUGAGCACCUCGGACGGUUCAUGGAUGGCCGUGAUGCCCUGCAUAGGUGCCGUUAUCGGUUGCUUUCUUGCCGCGAAGAUAGUCGACAACAUCGGACGGAAAAAGUCCAUGCUGCUGGUGUCGCCGCUGUACUUCAUUGCGUGGAUUAUGAUUGCGUACUCCGGCAGCAAGUACAUUUUUCACGCGGCGCGAAUUCUCUCCGGCAUUGCUGACGGCAUAGCAUUCACAACAUUUCCAAUGUAUCUCGGGGAAAUCGCCGAUUCGAAAAUACGCGGAUUACUAUGUUCCUCUAUACCGAUCACAACAGUUUUAGGCUUCAUGUUGAUAGCCAUUGUUGGAUCUAUGUACAGUAUCAAAGACGCUGCAUUAAUAUCAUCUGUACUUCCAAUCGUACAUUUUGUUCUGUUCAGUUUUAUGCCAGAAUCACCAUAUUAUUUACUCAUGAAAAACAAGCCUGAACAAGCGCAGAAAAGUUUAAUCAAACUGCGCGGAUAUCAAAACGUCAGCGAAGAAUUAGAGAGGUUUACAAAGAGUGUCAAGGAAGAUGAAGAAAACAAAGGCAGUAUUUGGGAUUUGUUCAGUGUGGAAAGCAAUCGUAAAGGCGUGUAUAUUGUGGUGGGACUGCGUGGAUUACAACAAUUCUGCGGGCCAAUGGUGAUCACUUUUUACGCUACGAUUAUAUUUAACGAAUCAAAAUCGGAUUUAUCAUCGACCACAUGCACCAGUAUAUACUUCGGUAUACAAGUGGUGUGUUCAAUUAUUUGCUCUUGUUUGGUCGAUAAAAUUGGCAGAAGACCAUUGUUGAUUUUAUCAACAAUUGGAUCUUGUAUAGCAUUAGCUGUACAGGGAGGUUAUUUUUAUAUUAAAGAUACAACUGAUUAUGAAUUGAAGGAGUAUACUUGGGUACCGGUAGCUGCUUUGUUAACUUAUGACGUUUUGUUUAAUUUGGGUAUUGGUACCAUACCAGUAAUGAUGCUAGGCGAAUUAUUUCCGACUUCUGUGAAAGCCUUUGCUCUAUGUUUGGCUGAUAUUUAUUUCGGUGUCGUUGUUAUUAUUGCUACAAAAUUUUUUCAGAUUAUGAAUGAUAACAUGGGAAUGUCAAUUCCGUUCUUUGUGUUUUCUGGUUGUAGUGCAAUAGCAUUAGUUUAUACAGUGUUCUGUAUACCGGAAACAAAAGGUAAAACUUUAGAAGAAAUUCAAGACUACUUCAAAGGUAUUGAUAAAAAACAAAAUGUUGAUAUUGAAAGAACAAAAAUUUAAAUAUUUAGAUUAAGUAGUUUUAAAAUAUUUAUUUUUGUAUCAUAAUGAAUUCUACAAAAUUUAUAUAAACAGCAAUAUGUGUGAGUUUCCAAGAGAAAGCUUUAUUUAUUAAAUUCAUGAUCGGAAUCGAAAUGAUUUACUCAUCGCAUCCUCAAAGGCACAAUUGAAACCUCACUAGACAAAUCGUUUUAUCAUCCGUUUGAUUUAUUAGUAUAGUACGUAUAUCGAGUCUUGAAAAGAUCCUCUAUAAAAUAUAUUUCUCUGAUUAUCACUUGCACAAUAUCGUGUUCACAGGUUUCAUCAAUUUGCCCAAGCACCACAUUCAAACUAUUAGACUAAAGCGUAUUCAUUAACGAUGAGUGCAAUCAUUGAGGCAUCACCUAGUGUAAUGCUCAUGUUACAACCAGUAUCAUGGUCUGCAUUCUCCGAUCACCCGGUUGCCGAGUGGCAGAGUGGGUCUGUAGUUAGCUUUGACGAAGCCUUCGUGUUCAUCGACGGGUGACUCGUCGGGAGUGAUGGAUUUUAGGUUACGGAAAGCCUUCAAUUGCUCCGAGGACACCUCAAUUGGUGUUUUGAAGACGAUCCAGAUAACACAUUCGGAGCAUGGUGGAGUUGUCAGUGAACCUUGGUAGGUCCAAUA